GAGCAACAGGACACAGCGGCGGCUCCCUUCUCCCCCUCUCAAAUCUCCAUCAAAAUCGACCAGAUCUGAAGAAUUUUUCCAUGGAUUUCGUCCCACAUCUAUCCCUAAAGGUAUUCUCCUCCAAUCCCCCCAAAUUUCAUCUGAAAAAAUCAUCAUUUUGGCUCUAUUUUUGCAUGUUUAAAUGAAACCCUAGUUCAUCAUGUUUUUCGAAAAUUGUACGAAUCGAUCCCAGCCGUAGUGAAGGAGCAUUGUUCUUACUUGUUCGUGAGCAAGUAAAACUGGUAAUCUGGAAGUAGAUAAAUAAAAUUUACACAAAAAAAAUCCUUUUCAAUCCCUUUAUGCAGCAGCCCGUGACCAACCUGAAGAAUUUUGCAGAUAUUUAGUACCAUCUCUCUUUGCGGGUCCCAUCACUAUUUCCUUGGGUAAUUUGUAUGGCUGCCAUUUCAUUUAGUUGUCUGUUACUUGUGUGAGUUCAGAGGUUAUACUCUUUCCAUUGGCACAUUCUGACCAUUGUAACAGUUAAUCAGUCAAUUCUCGUUUUGUUAGCCCGUGACACAUUUGUAGAAGGCACCAAUGCAUGGCAGACCGGUAGUUGCUUAGUAUCAGAUUCAAGUGUCUUAUCAAGUGGAGCCGACCAAAUAGUUUAGCAGGUAGAAUGUUCCUUAGUUUUUUACUUCAAAUUAUGAUCUUACUUACUGUACUGUUACAAUGUAUAAACUUUAAUACAUUGACAAGUUGACAGCUUGAUCCUGCUUGUGGAAUGCAUUCUCGCAUACACAUUUCAUAGUAGAUGGUACAUUCUCGCAUACACUUUUGGCGCACUAAUUGUUUUUUCCCGAAUACGUAGGAUGACACUUCUCAGUGAGCAUUACGAUAAGAAUCACCGUGGGCGACUUAUGGCGGAGGAGAGGCAGGUCUUUUUUCCACUACGCUUGAGGGCUCACGAAGCUUCAUCCAAUAAGAUGAAAUACGAUGAGCGGUAUACACGGUACAUCGAGAGGCUAGGACUCCUUCCAUUCAUCCAGCUUGUCACUCGGUCGACGCCAAACAUGAACCCUUGUGCUAUCACCGCGCUUGUUGACCGAUGGAAGCCGGAGACACACAGUUUUCACCUCCGAACCGGGGAGAUGACCGUGACUCUUCAGGAUGUUUCGAUGAUCCUUGCACUUCCCAUCGAGGGAAUUCCUGUCUGUUUUAGCACUGAUGCUGCUAACCGGCGCGAUAGGAUGUUUGACCUUAUCGGUGCGGUUCCUGCAGUGCCGGAUGACCCAACUAAAUACAGAGUCCCCGCUGGUGCGACUUAUGUUUGGAUCGCAGAACAUUUUAGCCAGUGCCCCGGCGAUGCUAGUGAGGAAAUGUUCAAACAGUAUACAUGUGCAUACUUGUGGUAUGUGAUCUCAAGGACUCUUUUUGCUGACGGUGGUGGCAGGACCGCUCCGUGGAUGUGGCUGAAGGCGUUAUCUGGUUGGGAUAGUAAACAGAGCUGGGGUUCAGCGGCACUGGCCUACUUGUACCGUCAGUUGGAUGAGGCGUGUUGUAGGCACAAAGAUGAUGCCAGCAUUGGUGGUCCGUUGGUCCUACUUUCGGUUUGGAUGUGGGAACACUUUUCAGUUGGACGGCCGAAAGUGAUCCGUUACGGCGCUUGGGACGAUCAUGAUAACCCGCUACGACAGCCUACAUGGGGGUACAAGUGGGACAAGGUUUCGGAGUUCAACGGCGACCAAAAGAGAAUGUACAUAGACUACACCAAUGAGUUUGACGCGCUAACCGCCGAGCAGGUGACAUGGCAGCCAUAUGGACCGCAGGACAAUUUCGCUUUCAUCCUCGAUUUCCAGUUGAACCCGAAAUGCACAGAGGAAUCACAUCUUUGGCAGAUGCGGUGCCCAUUGAUAUGCUUAUAUGCAGUCGAGCACCACCUUCCACAACGUGUGAUGAGUCAAUUUGGGUUAUUUCAGGAUACACCACCGGAGUGGAAGGACACGAAUAUCGUGAUUCACGGCUUGGACAAAAUGAAGCAGAAGAAGAUCAAGAACUGGGAGUCAUAUCAUGAAAAGUACAUCAAGAAGUGGAAUUACUUGGUGAAGGUGGCUAAUAAUAACAGACAAGUACAUCGCCAAGUGCAUGAUGAAGCUGCAUUUUACAAAUAUCUUCAAUGGUUUCUUAGCGAGUCUCGUGUGGAGUUAUGCCCGCCGGCUUAUGAUGAGAGCAUAUUGUUGGGGAUCUUCCGCUUCCAGGCAUAUUUCCAACACAUAUUAGAGGUGCCCACAGGUUUCGAAGUGACUGCCAACCUCAACUACAACAGGCUCAUCAGAGAGGGCACACAAACCGGAUUUGCUCCUAUGAUCAACUUUAUGCGCACUGAGAUCUCGCGCCAGGUUAGUGAAGCCGAUCAAGCACUUGCACAACCUCGGGGUGGGAAUUCUGAGAAUGCCUUUAGAGAGUUUAUUAAGCGUAGCGCUACUCAGUUACGUUCCUUAGCUCAUCUUCUUGGUUGCCGUACCGUCGAGGCCGACAUGCCCACCCAGUCGUGUUCCACUUCUUCUGAAGAGGAGACGCCCGACGAGAUCGCCCUGAGGGGGUUUAUCGAUGAUGCACCUCAGCCUAAUCAGCCUAGUCAGCCUAUUGAGCGGCGCCACUUCAACUUAAAGCCUAGGAAGACCUUCAACCGUUAUACACCGGAGGCAUGGAACAAGAAACAAAAGAGGACCGUUGACGAGUCUGUUGUCGAGUCCGAGAACGAGUUUGAGGACGAGGAGGAGCCGGCGCCGAAGAAGGUUCUGAGGAGGUUGAAGAGGGCCGGGAACGAGCCGGGGACGAAGAAGGAUGUGAGGCGGGCGAGGGGGAAGAAGUAGAUGUGUUUGUGAACUUGUGAACUAAUUGAACUUGUCACUUUAGUUAGCUUCUAGCUGUGAACUUCUCGUAAUUGUAGACUUGUU